AUGGAGAUCAGAGAGAAGCUGGACAUUAAGAAUCGUCCCGAUGAGUGGAUGAUUGAACAGGGCAUGGCAGGCCACAAGCUGCCCAUCAUCGACCAGACUGGGGAGAAAACCGUCCACUUGUAUCCUCCCCAGCCUUACAAGAUCACCCAGGAUAAAGAGGCGAUCCGGGCGGUCGGCGAUCGCAAUAAGCUAUUUGCCCGUGAAAGAGAAGGCUGGGUGGGAUAUGUCGAGUGGGAAGAUUACCCUGAGAAGAAGGCUAAGGCUCACAAGAUCUUGGCUUCUCAGACCUUCCCACCCUGCCCUGAUUUCCAAUGGGGGCCCAUCCCAGGGACCAAUCCCGUACUUCCUGGGGAUGAUUUCAAAGCCUGGCAUGCUGCCAUCGGCGGAGAAAUGACCCCCGUCGCCGACGACUCCUGGAAAAUGGUGUUAAAGGAGAAGCACCCAGAAAUGCUGCACCUUCUCCAGUUUCCUUAUAACGGAGAGCCUCCUAAGCGACUGACGACUUCGAAGGCGAUCACGCCAAACUCGCUCCACUUCGUCCGUAACCACGGCGGUAUCCCACUCAUCGAUAAGGACAAGUUCGAAUUGAAGUUGGACGGACUGGUGAAGAACCCGAAGAAGUACACCCUAGACGACCUUAUGGAUGAGUCUAGGUUUCCUCGCAUGGAGAAGGCAAUUACUAUUCAGUGCUCGGGAACCCGUCGUAUCGAGCAGAUCUCACUCUAUGGUGGCCAAGGUGACGAGGUUCCUCAGGCCCCAUGGGCCGAGGGUGCUAUUGGCACGGCCCGGUAUGUGGGCAUCAGCUUGAAGAAGGUGAUCAAAGACUGUGGAGGUCUGAUCGACGGCGCUAAACACCUUGAAUUCUAUGGCGCUGAAACCUAUGUCAAGGACCUGGAAGUGGGCAACUAUGUUGUUAGCGUUCCCUGGUCUAAGGUUAAGGCCAAUGAGGUCAUUCUCGCCUGGGAGAUGAAUGGCGAGCCGCUCCCUAAGAUCCACGGUUAUCCAUUACGAGUCGUUGUGAUGGGUUAUAUUGGGGCCCGGAGCGUUAAGUGGCUGUACCGCAUCAAGGCUAUUCAGAAUCCGUCACUUGCCCCUGUCCAGGCCAGAGAAUAUCUAUACUUCAACCAGCAGGUGGGUAAGUACAAUCAGCGCCCUAUCGACGGCAUUCAGAUCCAGGAAAUGCCGGUCAGCUCGGCGAUCAUGUCCCCCUGGACUAAACAAACCAUUUUCCAUAAUGGCAAGAUCCAUUGCAAGGGCUGGGCGUACUCCGGUGGUGGCCGGUGGCCCGAGCGUGUAGAGUUAUCGGCGGACGGGGGUUUCACCUGGUACGCAGUACCGGAAGAUCAGCUGUCUAAGAAGGGAAAAUGGACCUGGCGGACGUGGGAAAUGGAUCUCCCAUGCGAUGUGGAAGGGUGGAUUGAGAUUGUCUGCAGGUGCUGGGAUAACUCCCUUAACACACAACCGCUUAACGUCCGCGCGGCGUGGAACUGGGGUCUUCACGUUACGUCCUCGGCCCACCGCAUCAAGGUGUACAGCGUUAACAAGACCCGGGAGAUCACCCAGAAGCGCAUUGCAAAGUUUGAGCAGAUGGGUAUUCCCUUGGCUCCUCUCACCCGCUAUGACGCCGUCCCAGGCCUUACCGAUGAGGAAUUGGAUGAGUACUGGAAGAUUCACCCCCGCGAUGUCGAUGAGUGA